GGCCCCGGCGGCGGAGCAUGGCGGGCGCGGGGGGCGCGGGGGGCGCGGGAGGAGCGGCCCCGGUGCCGGUGCCCCCCUGGUACCACCGGGACCUGAGCCGGGCGGCGGCCGAGGAGCAGCUGGCGCGGGCCGGGCGGGACGGCAGCUUCCUGGUGCGGGACAGCGAAAGCGUGGCGGGGGCCUACGCGCUCUGCCUGCUGUUCCAGAAACACGUCCACACCUACCGCAUCCUGCCGGACGAGGAGGAUUUCCUGGCCGUGCAGACGUCGCAGGGGGUGCAGGUGCGGCGCUUCAAGACACUCAGCGAGCUGAUUGCCCUGUACCUACAGCCCAACCAGGGGCUGGUCUGCACCCUACUCUUCCCUGUCGAGAGGGAGAAAGAGAAGGAGACCGUGGAGGACAGGGACUACUCGGAUGGAGAGGAUGAGAAGCCGCCGUUGCCACCACGCUCCGGCUCCACCAGUUUCUCUGGCACCUCAGUGGGGCUCAGCCCCACUGGCCUGGGACCAUGUGUGCCGGAGAGGCCAGUGGAGAGCACCAAUGGACUCAGUAGCAUCUCUCAUGAGUACCUGAAGGGCAGCUACACCCUGGAUCUGGAGGCAGUGAAGGGAGGGGCCAACAGCCUCCCCCACCUCAACAAGACUCUUGUCACCUCCUGCAAACGGCUGCACAGCUCCUCUUGCUUCACCAGUGAGGUGGACAAGGUGCUGGCAGGGCUGGAGAUCCUCUCCAAGGUGUUUGACCAGCAGAGCUCCCCCAUGGUCUCCAAGAUCCUGCAACAGACAGCAGGGCAGAGUGGAGAGCAGGAGCUGGAGAACCUGGUGCUGAAACUCUCUGUGCUGAAAGAUUUCCUGUCCUCCAUCGAGAAGAAGGCACUGAAGGCCCUGCAGGAGAUGAGCUCAGCCACACCCGCCACCCCCCCUCAACCCCUCUCCCGCAAGGCCAAGAGCAUCCCAGUGCAGACCUUCGAGGUGAAGCUGGAUAUCACCCUGGGGGACCUGACCAAAAUUGGAAAGUCACAGAAGUACACGCUGAGCGUGGAUGUGGAGGGGGGUAAACUAGUGGUGCUGAAGAAGCAGAAGGACUCCCAGGAGGACUGGAACACCUUCACCCAUGACAAGAUUCGGCAGCUGAUCAAGUCACAGCGGGUGCAGAACAAGCUGGGCAUCGUUUUUGAGAAGGAAAAGGAUAAAACGCAACGGAAAGACUUUGUUUUUGUCAGUGCUCGGAAGCGUGAGGCCUUCUGUCAGCUUCUGCAGCUGAUGAAGAACAAGCAUUCUCACCAGGAUGAGCCUGACAUGAUCUCUGUCUUCAUUGGCACCUGGAACAUGGGCAGCGUUCCCCCCCCCAAGAACAUCACUUCGUGGAUCACCUCCAAGGGGUUGGGCAAGACCCUGGACGAGGUGACAAUGGCCAUACCACAUGACAUCUACGUCUUCGGCACCCAGGAGAAUUCCCUGGGAGACAAGGAGUGGGUGGACUUUCUGCGCACCGUCCUCAAGGACUUCACAGAGGUUGAGUACCGCCCGGUGGCCAUGCAGUCCCUGUGGAACAUCAAGGUGGUGGUGCUGGUGAAGCCAGAGCACGAGAACCGCAUCAGCCAUGUCAGCACCUCCAGCGUCAAGACAGGGAUCGCCAACACCCUGGGGAACAAGGGCGCUGUGGGUGUCUCCUUCAUGUUCAAUGGCACCUCCUUUGGCUUUGUCAACUGCCACCUCACCUCUGGCAAUGAGAAGACGGCACGGAGGAACCAGAACUACCUGGACAUCCUGCGCCUGCUCUCACUGGGGGAUAAGCAGCUGAGCUCCUUUGACAUCUCUCUUCGCUUCACCCACCUCUUCUGGUUUGGGGACCUCAAUUACCGCCUAGACAUGGACAUCCAGGAGAUCCUCAACUACAUCAGCCGCAAGGAGCUGGAGCCGCUGCUGAAGGUGGAUCAACUCAAUCUGGAGAAGGAGAAGCACAAGGUGUUCCUGCGUUUUGGUGAGGAGGAGAUCACCUUCCCCCCAACCUACCGCUAUGAGCGGGGCUCCCGGGACACCUAUGUCUGGCACAAGCAGAAGCCCACAGGGGUGCGUACCAACGUGCCGUCCUGGUGUGACCGCAUCCUCUGGAAGUCCUACCCCGAGACUCAUGUCAACUGCAAUGCUUAUGGGUGCACAGAUGACAUUGUCACCAGUGACCACUCACCCGUCUUCGGUUCCUUUGAAGUGGGAGUGACGUCCCAGUUCGUUUCCAAAAAAGGGCUCUCCAAGUCCUCAGAGCAGGCAUACAUAGAGUUUGAGAGCAUAGAAGCCAUCGUGAAGACCUCCAGUCGCACCAAGUUUUUCAUUGAGUUCUAUUCUACCUGCCUGGAAGAGUUCAAGAAAAGCUUCGAGAACGACAGCCAGAGCAGUGACAACAUCAACUUCCUCAAGGUUCAGUGGUCAUCCCGGCAGCUGCCCACGCUGAAGCCCAUCCUCUCUGAGAUUGAGUACCUGCAGGACCAGCACCUCUUGCUCACCGUCAAAUCCCUUGAUGGUUAUGAGUCCUACGGGGAGUGUGUCAUUGCCCUGAAGUCCAUGAUUGGCAGCACAGCACAGCAGUUCCUCACCUACCUGUCCCACCGCGGUGAGGAGACCGGCAAUAUCCGUGGCUCCAUGAAGGUCUGGGUACCCACGGAGCGCCUGGGCACCCGCGAGAGGCUCUAUGAGUGGAUCAGCAUCGAUAAGGAUGAGACGACAGCCAGCAAAGGGAAGGUGCUGCUAGCUGCCAGGGCCACCCAGGACAAUGCCAAGUCUGUGGGGCGGAAGCCCACCGGUGCUGAGCCCCCCACCACCAUCCAGGCGAAGCUCCCGGAGGAGCCCGAGAAGAGCAGCACCACAGCAGCACCGCGUCCCCCAGCCCCACACCGCAGCACCCCAAGGGAUGAGGCCACCCCAAGCCGGUCCAAGGCGGAGGCAGUGCCAGAGCUCUCUGGGGGUCCCCUGAAGAACAGCUUCAACAACCCAGCAUACUACGUGCUGGAGGGGGUCCCCCACCAGCUGCUGGUGCCAGGGGACCCCGGCAAGCCCCCCAAGGCCAAGGUGCAGCUGGCAGUGCCAGAGCGCUGCCAGUGCCCCUCGGCAUGCUGUGGUGGCGAGAGUGAUGAGGAAGAGGACCUCGGCACCCUGAACCUGCCACCGCCAGAUUUCCCCCCGCCGCCGCUGCCGCGGGAGCUGGAGCUCCCCACAAACACCUUCUUGGGCACCCCCAAGGAGCUGCUGGCAUCCAGCGGGUGUGAGGACCCCAAAUCCCACCCUGCUGCCUUCGGAGAGACUCCCCUGCCCAAGCUGCACCCCCGGCCAGCCCCAGCCGCCAGGGCUGGAUUUGGGAUGGAGGGGGCUGGUGGGAUGCCUGUUCCCGGGGGGCUACCUGCAGUUGGGGGAGUGCCCGCUCCUGGGGGCCUGCCGGGAGGGCUGCUGGAUGACCGCUCCUGCUCGGUGCUGCAGAUGGCCAAGACACUGAGUGAGGUGGACUACGGGGGUGGGAAGGGGAGGGUGGUCCCCCCACCACAGCUGCUGGCCAAGGGGGCGUUGCCUCCCCGCUGCCUGCACCCUGACUAUGGCCGCCCCCUUGCCUUCCCUCCCCACUCCAUCCAGGAGAGCAUCCAGGAGGACCUGGCUGAGGAGGUGGGUGACACAGGGUGGGUGGGGGUCCUCAGCACGUCAGCUGGGGCUCCCUUUGGGAUGCCCAGUGGUGCUGAGGCUGUUGGGGUGCAGGCGCUGGGCCGUGGCGUGGGCACCGUGCCCGGUGUGGGCGAGUGGCUGCGGGCGCUGGGGCUGGAGCGGUACGAGGAGGGGCUGGUGCGCAAUGGCUGGGACGACCUGGAGUUCCUCAGUGACAUCACAGAGGAGGACCUCGAGGAGGCUGGAGUGCUGGAGCCUGGCCACAAGCGCGUCCUUCUGGAGAGCCUCCAGCUCCGCAAGUAGCUGCCACCGCACAUCCAGCAUCCCGUGCUUCCCGUGGCCCAGCAUCCCAGAUUCUGCAGCCCUGCGUCUCAGACCUUGCAGUAGUGUGUCCUGUGGCCCAGCAUCCUGCAUCCCACAGAUGUACAUCCUGGAUCCCAUGGCUGUGCAUUCUGUAUCCUGCUGCCACGUAUCCUGGAGCCCUGUGGCCCUGCAUCCUGCAGCUGAGCAUCCCCGAUCCUGUGGCCAUGCAUCCCAGAUCCCUCAGAUCCUGUGGCCGUGUGUCCGCAGCCCAGCAUCCUGUGACCCCGUAUCCUGGGUCCUAUGGAUGUGCAUCCCAGAUCCUGCAGCUGUGCAUCCUGCAGCUGAGGAUCCUUCAUCCCACAGUCCUACAUCCUGCAUCCAUUCAUCCCACCAUCACCAGCAGCAAAUUGGAACCCCAUGACCUCCACAGCCCACCCCACACCCUGGAUGCAGGGCAAUGGGGUAGGAAGGGGCAGUGGGGGAACAGGGGGGUGGUGGGUCCCGGUCAGAUAAUUUCACAUGAGGAUCCCUACAGGGUGCCCUCACAUUUAAGUUAUUUUUUUUUAUUUAUUGGGAGAAGGAAUGGGGGAAGAGGUGUUUGGGGGUAACCUGGCUCCCUGGUUGGGAUCCUGGCUCCCCCCCAUGACCCCUCACAGCUAGGAGGAGGAGGCUAUGAGCAAAGUCAUGUCUCGACCCAAGUGCCUUCAUGAUGCUCUGGGGUGGGAUGGGAUGGGAUGGGAUGGGAUGGGAUGGGAUGGGAUGGGAUGGGAUGGGAUGGGAUGGGAUGGGAUGGGAUGGGAUGGGAUGGGAUAGCUCAGCCAGCCCCCAUAGACAACACUAAGCCCAGCUCAGGGUCCCUAUCCCCAACUCUAAGGAUCCUGUCCCCACCCUGAAGGUCCCAUCCCCACUGUGAGGGUUCCUGUCUCCACCCUGGGCAUCCCUGUCCCCACCCCAGGGCACCUGUCCCCCUCAGGGUCCCUGUCCUGAAGAUGGAUGUCCCCUUCCCACCCUGGAAGAUCCCCAUCCCCACCCAGGGAGUGCCUGUCACCAUGCCUGGGGGCCCCAUCCCCUUGCUGUAGGCCUCUCUCCCAGCUCCAGAGGAUCCUGUUCCCACCCUGGACCUCGUAUCUGCACACCAGGGGUUCUACCCCCACUCUGAUGAUCCCCAUCCGUGCUCUGGAUGUGCUGUCCCCACCCCUGGGGGUUCCUGUCCCCACCCCACGGGUCCCUGUCCCCAUCUCUGAGGGUUCCAUCUCCACCCCAGGUACCCAUGUCUCCACCACAGGAGUCCCUGUCACCAUUCCUGGGGGUCCCAUCCCCACUAUGGUGGUUCCUGUUCCCACCCUGGAGGUGCUUUCCCCCCCUCGGGGGUGCUGUCCUCAUUCCCAGGGGUCCCCAUCCCACCCAGAGGUUCCAUCCCCAGGGGUCCUAUUGUCCCCAUACUGGGGAUUCCGUCCCUACCCCCGGAGUCCCUGUCCCCACCAUGGGGUCCCAUUCCCAUGUGGCAGGGUCCCCAUCCCCACUCUGGGAGUGCCUGUCCCCAUGCUGGGGGUCCCGUCCCCAGCUGGGGAAUCCUGUCACAGCAGAGCCAGAUCAGUGCCUUCCCCCAGAGCCCAGCCCACACCAGCAGUGCCUCCGGGGCAGAUCCCCCACUCCCAGCCAGUUUGCCCAUUAGGCACUUGCUGGGUCUGUCCCCCCAUGGGGGUUUGUGUUGCCCUUGGGGACAGCAGGGCUGGCAGCCGGGUCUCCUUGUGGGUGCUCAGCCCCCAGCCUUGCCAAGUGUCCUUCCUGGAGGGUCCCCAGGGUGGGUGUCCCCAGGACAGAGGUGCUCCCACUGUGCUCUCCUCACUGGGAUGCUCCCUCCAGGCUCUCCCUGUCCUCAGGGGGGAUGGGGGUGAUGCUACCCCCAGACCCCCAACCCCUCACUCCGGCUGAGAUGAAGGAUGGGCCAGGUGCCCCUGGCAUACCCCAACAUCCCCCUUCUGUUACUGGGGGGGGAUGAACUCCCCCCCACUAAACCCCCAGCUCCUGUGUUUGGAGGUGUUUGGUAAACCUGGAGUGAUUUUUAUCACGUUCAUGCAAUGGGUGUGGUGGAGCUCUCAGCGUGGCGAGGUGGGGAAGGGUCUGGGGAGGGGUGCAAGGUGGGAACCCGGGGGAAGAACUGGGUCCCAGCAUAAUCUGUGACCCCUCCAAGCUGGCUGUACUGGUCCCAGCAAGGUGGGGACCAGAUCCCUUGUCCCCUUCUUGCCCAUCUUGGGUACCUCAGACCACUCCCCCAACAGCCUGGCAUGCUCCUUAUCACCAAGACCUUCUUCAUCAUCACCGCCCAAAGGCCCCUAGAGGCCAGGGGGGCUGUGUGGGGCACCCCUCUCCUCACUCCACUUGAGGGGGCUUCCCAUGGGGUGCCCCUUCAGCAUCCUACAGCUGCUUGAGGUCUUUAAAUGGGGGCCACCCAAAAUAAUCCCUAAGGUGCUGGAGGUCUGUGGCAUCACCUGGGGGGUUCUGGUGGGUUUCAGAGGGUCCAGGGGUGGGGACCAUGCAGCCCCCCCCCUCCCCUGCAACCCCUGGUGAGGGUGGGGUGCAACAGGGGCUGAGGGCCAGCAGCAGUGUCAAUAAAUUAAGUUUAAUUUGGA